AUGACACGCGCCGAAGGGCAAUUUCUGGUAGAUUGGGAUGAUGGCGAUAACGACCCGCUAUGUCCAAGAAGCUACAGUAAGAUGAGAAAGUGGUUAAUCACCAUGGUGGUUUCACAAAUGGCGCUCUGCAUCACAUGUGCGAGUUCUAUUUACACUUCAACAUACACCAACUUGGAGGCCGAAUUUCACAACUCGAGGAUCGUCUCGACUCUAGGACUGUCAACUUUUGUCCUCGGUUUGUCGCUAGGGCCGAUGCUCUUCAGUCCUCUCAGCGAGUUUUAUGGGCGGAGGCCUAUCUACUUGAUCUCGUCCACUUGCCAUUUGCUUUUUCUGAUCCCCCAAGCAACAGCAAGAAACAUCGCCACAUUAGUUGUCCUUCGCUUUUUGGACGGGUUCUCAGGGAAUUUGUUUUCAAACGACGAAUUGCAAGCGCCCAUGCUGUUAUUUUCCAUCUGUCCGUUCAUUGGACCAAGCCUAGGACCCUUAGUCGGUGGGUUCAUCAACUAUUAUACCGGGUGGCGCUGGACAUUCUACGUCCUCAUAAUGUGGUCUUUUGUCCUAGAGCUGGGAAUUGUCUUUCUUGUCCCCGAAACUUAUCAUCCCAUUCUCUUAAGGAACAAGGCUCGCAAUCUUCGGAAAGAAACCGGGGAUGAUCGUUGGAAAGCACCUUCGGAGAUGCAUUCCAAAUCUGUGCUCGGUGCAGUUGGGAUAUCGUUAUUGCGGCCCAUUCAGCUCCUCGUUUUCGAGCCAAUGUGUCUUUCUCUUUGCCUAUUCUCGGCUUUGCUACUUGGCAUACUAUACUUAUUCUUUGGAGCGUUCCCUCUUGUUUUUAGAGAGACUUAUGGCUUCAAUCUCUAUCAGAUUGGCUGUAGCUUUCUGGGGAUCUUGGUUGGUAUGCUGCUGGGUAUUGCCACCGAUCCGGUAUGGCAUAAAGUCAGGAUAAGACUCAUGUUGAAGAACAAGGGCCAAGGCGAAAAUGGAGAUGGCAGCGAGCCUGAGUUCCGACUUCCACCCGCUAUGUUCGGUUCCAUUCUUGUUCCAAUGGGAAUUUUCAUUUUUGGUUGGUCUAUGUAUCCUUGGGUGCAUUGGAUAGUUCCCAUCGUUGGGACAGCAAUGUUCGGGGCUGGAAACAUCCUUCUUUUCACUGGUAUCUGGACCUUUCUGGUUGAAGCAUAUCCCAGAUAUGCUGCCAGUGCGCUAGCUGCCAAUUCCUUUGUCCGUUGCUUGGCGGCUGCUGCAUUCCCGCUGUUUGGAAAUCAGAUGUACGUGAGGCUCGGGUUUCAAUGGGCCUCGUCACUUCUGGGCUUCUUGGCCAUUGGAAUGAUGGUUUUUCCUUACCUAUUCUUCAGAUAUGGAAAGCUUAUUCGGGGCAAGAGUAAGUUUGCCGAUGCGUCGACCUCUCUGUAA